CCACCACCUACCCCUGCCAUCCGCUCAGUUAGUGGCAUGUUGCUGCCCACAACCGGGGAGGAUGGGAGAUGUCCCUCAUCUGACGGGGAAUGAGUGAAUGUGGCGAGCGUAGCCCAAAGUUACUUGAAAUCAUUGAAGGAGCUUGUAGUCAAUAGUUUACUAUGACGACCAGACUGUCGGAGGUGUCGGGGCCCCAUCUGUGAAGAUUUAACAGUAAAGGAAUGUGCAGUGCAGCUAUGAGGGGAAGUGACAGCGGUUAAUGGAAACACGGUUAUACGAUCAACAUGUACGGAAAAAAUCCCCUGAAAAGAGUUUUGUGGCUGCCUGCACGGAGUGCUUGCUGCCUCAGGUCUUUCUUUUCCAAGUUUGUAGUAGGCAAAUGAAAACAUUUAAACAAAGCAGAAUUGUGGCGAGUGCCACAUACUAGUAAAGAAAACAAAGCAAGUACAGUUACUAUUUCUUCUACAGAAGGGCGUUUGUCUUCUCAUUUAUUUGCUUUCCCUGUUUUGUUCGGACUAUGCAGCAGUUUCCAGUAACCAUGAAGGAAUUAACUUCCCUGAAAUGGACAACAAAAACCUUUACAUUACUACAAGAAAACUGGAGUGUCAGGCCGCCUGCUGCAGCUGCUUGACGAAAACUUAACGGGUUGUGAGUGAGACAAACUCGACAACAGCAACAAGACGGGCUGCUUCUAGGAACUUGGAGGCAGUUAAUAGGAGGCAGUGUCUGUAUGAGACGUACUUGGAAGCAGCCUGUUUGGAGUUUUUAUGGAAUAAAUGUAUGCUUUCAGAUUUUUUACACAGAAUGUAUGUAUGCAGCCUAAGAAAAACACAACCAAGAUGCUAAGGUAGCACAACGCAUACAUGUUCUCUUUGUGGUCUGACUGCCAGAGCUAUCUUUCUCCUGUUUACUUUUCACAAGUCUGCAUUAAGGAAUAUGUUGUAUUUUGUUUAAAUUAUAUGGUAUUUAUUUAGUAUUUUUAUGCGGAAUUAUGGCUGUGAAGUCGAGACAACCUUGUAUGAGCGUGGUGAUAGGGCUGGUCCUGGGAUUUACCGCAGCUUCUUGGCUCGUUGUGCCGCGGGUAGUGGAAAUCAAUGGCAAGAAGAGGAACUCCAACCUAUGCUCGUACUACAGUAAUGUAGCCGGCGUUGGGAAGCUGGGAGACCUGGGGGAUAGCAUGAGCAGCAGCACUGCCCGGCAAACCAACGGUCCCCCUGCUAGUCAGGAGGAGACAGAAGACGACGAUGGCAGCAGGUACAGGACUAGCAAUGGCAGCGGGGAUGGCACGGCUCCCACCCCAAGAACCAGAAAUUUUCUUUAUGUGGGAGUCAUGACAGCAAAGAAGUACCUUGAUUCCAGGGCUGUGGCUGUGUAUAGGACCUGGGCUAGUUCCAUUCCCGGAAAAGUGGAGUUUUUCUCAAGUGAAGGUUCGGAGGAUGUAUCCUUACCCAUUGCUAUCCCGGUGAUAUCACUGGCUGGGGUAGAUGACUCGUAUCCACCCCAGAAAAAGUCCUUUAUGAUGCUGAAAUACAUGCAUGACUACUACUUGGACAAGUUUGAGUGGUUCAUGCGGGCAGACGACGAUGUCUAUAUAAAAGGUGAGAAGUUAGAAGAGUUUCUUAGGUCACUGAACAGUAGCAAGCCACUCUACUUGGGCCAGACUGGACUGGGAACAACAGAGGAACUGGGCAAAUUAGCACUGGAGCCUGGGGAGAAUUUUUGCAUGGGAGGACCAGGAAUGAUAUUUAGUCGGGAAGUACUGCGAAGGAUGGUACCGCACAUAGGAGAGUGUCUUCGAGAGAUGUAUACCACCCAUGAAGAUGUGGAAGUGGGCAGAUGUGUUAGAAGGUUUGGUGGUACACAGUGUGUCUGGUCAUAUGAGGUAAGGAAAAAGAAACCUUUGCUGUAA